AUGCCACUCAACGACGCGCCAAUACGUCUGCACAAGACAUCGGAAGGAGGUCAUCAGAUUCUCCUUCGCAACGAGCCGUACCUCGUCAUCGGCGCCGAAACGCACAAUUCGAGCUUCUCCUCGUCAAAGUUUAUGAGCGACAAGUGGGCACCGCUUCAGGCAGCCGGAAUCAACACCAUCCUCGGCGCAGUCUGCUGGGACCAGAUCGAACAGACCGAAGGGCAAUUCGACUUUGAGCACCUUGACGGCAUCAUCGAGCAAGCGCGGGACCGGAAGAUGCACUUGAUCCUGCUCUGGUUCGGAUCGUUCAAGAAUGGACAAUCGUCUUAUGUGCCUACGUGGGUCAAGAAGGAUCAUCGACGCUUCCCGCGAGCGUUUAUCAGAGACUCUACGUCCGGCAAGCUGAAGAUGACCGAAGUAUUGUCCGUAUUCGAUCGUUCGAACGUGGAAGCCGACAAGACCGCCUUCGUGCGUUUGAUGCGCCAUAUACGGGACAUCGACUCGGCGCACGGUACCGUGUUGAUGGUGCAGGUCGAAAACGAGGUCGGGCUGCUGGGAUCGUCGAGGGAUCAUGGGUCAUCGGCGGAUAAAGCGUUCAAGCAGGCCCCUCCCAGCGAAAUGGUGGAUCGACUGCGUUCCGACCGUGACAAUCUGAACCCGACGCUCCUCUCGUCGCUCCAUCACUUUCUCAGCCUUCCGGCCACCGCCCGGCCGGCGAACUGGUCUGAGACAUUCGGAACGUCGUUGAAGGCGGACGAAGUAUUCAUGGCGUACCAUUACGCUCGUUAUGUCAACGAGAUCGCGGCUGCAGGCAAGGAGGCAUACCAGCUGCCCAUGUUCGUCAACGUCUGGCUCUCUUCGAUUGACAUGGAUCGCGAUAUUCAGCUUCCUACCUUCAUGACCGCUGGAGGUGGUGGCCAUCCGGGAUUUUAUCCUUCAGGGGGACCAGUGAUUGACGUUCUGGACAUCUGGCAACUCUUCGCGCCUUCGAUCGAUUUCGUAGCGCCCGACAUCUACCUGCAGGUCUACGCAAAAAUCCUGGCGCAUUAUCGACACCGAAACCAGCCGUUGAUGAUUCCCGAACAGAGACGAGACGAGCAUGGCUUGAGGCGGCUCUGGGAAGCGUAUGGUUCGCACGGGGCUCUAUACGCUUCUCCAUUCGGUAUCGAUACGUUCCCGGACGCCGAGCGCGACCUCCUCGUCGAACACUUCGGUCUUCUCUCCAAGGUUCGCAAGUACUUGCUUGAUAUCCAGGCGGACCCGAAACGAGGGUUUGGGUUCUGUUUCGACGAACCGAAAGACGGCGAGACCUUUAACUCUGCGCCGAAACACAUCGAGAUGGGCAGCUGGAGACUCACGGUCACCCGAGGAUUCAGCUUUGGGGAUGUCCGUCCCGGGUACGGCAUAAUCUACCAGCUGUCCGAAGACCGAUUCCUCCUCGUUGGAGGCGGAUUCUCCGUCGGCUUUGAGAGUACGAAGUCGACUUCGCUCUUCUCGGGCAUCGCUCGAUUGUCAGAAGUUGACAUUUCCGAUCCGUCAACUGGCGAGCUGGUUGUCAAUCGAUGGAUGAACGGCGACGAGACCGGGAGCGGGACGUCGGCACGAAUGCCUAACUCGCAGUUGCCGCCGAUGACAGUUCCCAUCCCGAUCGACACCCCGGCAGUUACGAGAUUGGCCGUUUGUGAGGUUUAUAGCCUGGAGGAGUGAUCAACGAGAUUAGACGAUUACGAUGUAGCUUUGAUAGCCAUUAUGCCGUUCCGAUUGGAUCCUUCGAUUGCAG